GAGAGCGCGAGCGAGUGGCUCGCCUCAUUCCGCUGCUUUCUCAGCAUCCAUUCUGUGAGACCUCAUUCUGGAGAGGAGAGAGCUACCUAACAGGCAAAUUGGAGGAGGAAAAGAAGGGAAAAUCCAUUGAAGAGGGAGGAUAUCGAGGAAAAUAACACAUAAUCAAGGCUCACUGGCAUCCACUAACACCUCUUAUAGCUUUGGAAGAGGUGUCUGAAAGUUUCUGUCCGGGGGGGACACCCUCCCCUUGUUGUGGGGAUGAACAGCGGAUGCUGAAUUUCAUUCCUGAAGGCAGGAGGGGAGCUGUGAAUACCGGCUGGAUUCACUUGCAGUGGAGCUGGUAGUGCGCACCAGAAGAGAUCAGUCUUGCACGCACGCAUUUUCCAGUAUAAUACCUAUCAUUAUUUCACUGUGCCUAGGUGGAAUAUCAGGCAGAAGCCACCCAAAAGCAAAUCUCCUGAACCAGGGAAGUAAAGGGGAACGGAUUAUGUACAGAAUCAAUAAAGGACAUCCUGUUUAAAAAAGUAUGUUCUAAUCAGAAAAGGCUUUGAUUUGGGUUCUGAUUUCGAGAGACUAGGAGGAUUUUUGCCCUUUUCAUUGUUGUGGAGCAGCAGCAAGCUUCAGACAGCUUAUCUUGUGGACUAUAGGGUUCUGGAUGGUAUUUCAAGAUACAUUCUCAGAAGUUCAGUGACCAUCAGUUUGCAUCAAGGCACAUCAUGAGCACAUAGCAGAAGAAAGCUGGAUCCACUGUGAAAAUAAAGAAGACUGAAUCUGUGUAGGCACCUAUCCGCUCUCCUGGCAGGAAGCAGACAUGUUCUUUGCCUCUGUUUCAGUAUGACCCUGAAGUAAGUGACCUGUGAAUAGAGUUUCACUGGACGUUUUCUAAAGGACUUCCUUGCUUCUUUAACAGUGUAUGAACAUCUGACAUUGGGAAGCCCAGCAGAUAAAAGACCGAAAAUAGGGACGACCACUGCAAACGUAGAGAAAAAAGAAUAGGCCAUGGCUGAGGGGAUGAUUGCUUCUGAAAGUGAACCGUGACAGAAUGGUUGACUGUAUGAGCAAAGUCAUGCUGCACACGGUCAUCUCAUGUUGGCCACCAUUUCUGGGACUGGCCCUCGUGGCUGUCUUCGUGGGUUCCACCCUGGGAUGUCCCUCACGCUGCGAGUGUUCAGCGCAGACCAAGGCGGUCGUCUGUCACCGCAAGCGCAUGCCCAGCAUCCCGGAUGGCAUCCCGACCGAGACAAGGAUCCUGGAUCUGAGUAAGAACAAGCUGACAAUGAUCAACCCUGAUGACUUUUUGGCCUUUCCUGGGCUUGAGGAACUCGACCUAAGUGGAAAUAUUAUUAGUUAUGUUGAGCCUGGAGCUUUUAACGCCCUUUUUACCAUGCACUCACUUAGUCUCAAGAGCAAUCGUAUCAAGCUCAUUCCUCUGGGUGUCUUCACAGGCUUAACAAAUCUUACCCGACUGGAUAUAAGUGACAACAAAAUCGUCAUUCUACUGGAUUACAUGUUCCAGGACUUGCACAAUCUAAAGUUUUUGGAAGUGGGUGACAAUGAUCUGGUUUACAUUUCUCAUCGUGCAUUCAGUGGACUUUUAAGCCUGGAGAUGCUAACCUUAGAAAGGUGCAACCUUACAGUUGUACCCACUGAGGCCCUUUCCCACUUGCAUAACCUGGUCAGCCUCCAUCUAAGAUACCUCAGCAUCAGCACUUUGCAUCCGUACUCAUUCAAAAAGCUGUUCCGGCUGCGGCUUUUAGAAAUUGAUAAUUGGCCUUCAUUAGACCAUGUGCCACCCAAUACCCUGCAUGGCCUCAACCUGACCGCUUUAUUCAUAACAAACACCAACUUGUCCUCCUUCCCUUACCAAGCCCUGAAGCAUCUGCCCUAUGUGACACACCUGAACCUUUCUUUCAACCGCAUUAGGCACAUUGAAGGGGGGAUGCUGAUGGAACUGGUUCGGCUUCGAGAGCUCCAUUUGGUUGGAGCUCAGCUCACCACCAUUGAACCGUAUGCCUUUCAGGGCUUGCGGGGACUCAAAGUCCUCAAUGUCUCUCAUAACCGACUGGAUACACUGGAGAAAGGUGUUUUUCAGUCUCCCGAGGCUCUAGAAGUUCUUUUGAUUGACAACAACCCCUUGGUGUGCGACUGUCGUCUCAUGUGGAUCCUACAGAGAAGGCACUCCAUCUUCUUUGGAGAUUCGCAGCCGGAGUGCAGCACACCUGAAGGUAUUCGUGGCAGGCCUUUUAAGGAGUUUGAAGAGACUCUCCUCUCUUAUUACGUAACAUGUACCAAGCCAAAAAUCCAUGAGAAUAAAACCCAAACAAUCACUGUGGAUGAGGGCCAGCAGGCAGUGUUGCGCUGCAGUGCUGAGGGGACACCAAGGCCCAUUGUGUCCUGGUUGUCCCCACGUCGACGAGUUCUGACAAGCAGGAGCCAUGGUAGAGUUACCCUCCACAACAAUGGCACACUUGAGAUCAAGUCAGCAGCGGUGCAAGACAGCGGAGUGUACCUUUGCCUUGCCUCCAACAGUGCUGGGAAUGACACCCUGAUGACUUCAUUGGCAGUGAAAAGUCUAGGAUCGCUGUACGCUAACAGGACCCAGUACUACACAGAUCCCAGCAAUACCACUGUUAACGGGACGGCCGGUGUGACCCUUGGUUUAGACCUAAAGACUAUUUUAGUGUCAACGGCUAUGGGUUGUUUCACAUUCCUGGGGGUGGUCUUGUUUUGUUUCCUGCUCCUUUUCGUUUGGAGCAGAGGUAAAGGAAAACAUAAAAACAACAUAGAUGUUGAAUAUGUGCCUCGGUCAAAGUCCAACGGCACUAAUGUUGACUCGGCAGAGGGACAAGCAGGUCCUCGUCGUUUUAACAUGAAAAUGAUGUGACUUCUUUUAUAGAUUAAAGAUUCUGGAUUGUGGAAAUGCCUAAAGUACAAUGUAUUUUUUGGAAAAUCAGACUACUGAACUUCCCACUGCUGCCGGGAGAGCGGUAGUGAAUCCGUUUGGGGCAUCGUUACAAGAUGAGAAGUACCUGAAAUUGUGGAUCUUGACAUAAUGCUUGGAUACUGUUUCAAAUACUGAAAGGCAUAGUAGGACAUCCUCUUAUAUAAUUGCCAGCGGGCAAUUUCUUCAAUCUGGGUGAGGAGUGAAAACUGUUGCCGAUAUGGGGAUCUAAAGGGAAUAGGUGUCAUUUAUCAGCUUUUUGAAAUUUAUAUGCCC